UUUGUAGAAUUAUGCAAACUUGGUAAAGGGGGGUUUGCGAGCGUAUUCAAAGCGAGGAACAAGCUCGAUGGAAUUGAGUAUGCCAUCAAAAAAGUCCGUCUUCGUGGCGGAGCCAAGAUGAAGUACGAAAAGAUUUUCCGCGAAAUCAAAUUUUUGGCACGCUUAGACCACAAAAAUGUUAUUCGCUAUUAUUCAUCGUGGCUCGAGCACGCUGAUUACCCUGUCUCACGACGUGGGGCACACAAUAAGCAGAACUGUCGCAUGGACCUCGUUGAUCCCGCUGUAAAUCAGCAUAUUUUUCACGCUAUCGUAGAAGGAGUUGCCUACAUACACGACCAGGAUAUGAUCCAUCGAGAUUUAAAGCCUGGGAAUAUU